UUUCAACAUUCAUGGAAUUAUAUAGCACCUUAAUAAUAAUAAUUUUAAAAAACCUACACAUACCAAGGGGUAUUAUGAAACAGAAAAAAAUUGAUUAAUUUUCAUAAGCUUUCAUCUUUCUCUCUAGAAUGCCUGGAAAAGGUCCAAAGAAUUUUCCUUGUCUACUGUGUAGAAAGAAGACAAAACAGCAUGAGAGAAGAAAAAUUACCAAGCCUGAGCGUAGAUAUCUUGAAAAAAACUUUUUUGUAACUGUCAACAACGAGGACACAUUGUGUAAUAAAUGUAGACAUAAAUACUAUGCAUGUACUCAUGGUAAGGAAGAGCAAGCAAAUCAAAAGCAACAAAACAAUACUCCUGACAACAAAGAUGAUUCUGAUUACUUUCCUACUCCAAAGCGCCCCAAGUCUAGAGCCAUAGCCAGUCCACCAUCAGUUACUUUGGCCAUACCAUCAACGUUUAAGAGCCAUUCGUCCUGCUUCCUGUGCAAACGCCGAGGGCCAAAACUUGUUGUCGUUUCAUCAAAAGCUCGAUAUGAUGUCUUCAUGAAGCAUGAAAUCAUUAUUCCAGCUGGAAGUCGAUGCUGUCCAAACCACUUAUAUGAGGACAAUUUUGUUUCCGAUUUGACCAUUGUCGACACCAAAGAGAACACCUCUGUUAAUAGGACAACUAUUCUGGAUUUACUCAAACGCCUGAGGAGUGCAGCAUUGCAGAGUAAAACGUCGCGGAUUAAUUUCGAUUGCUCUUCCACACUUACAGAAAGUGAUUACUUAAACUUAACAGGGGUAUGUAAAAACACAUUCGAUGACCUUCAUUCCUACAUUGAAGAAAAGGUCAGAAACACACCUGCAAGAAGUUCAAGAACAUCUCUAGGAAUUUUCUUGUUCAAAUUGAAAUCAGGAAUUUCCAACAAAGUGUUAUCCACUAUUUUUAACCUUUCAAAGUCCAGUUUACGGAGAGGUAUUUCGUCAGUCCGUCAAGCAUUGUUAACUUCAUUCGUUCCACAGAACUUGGAUCUUCAGCAUAUAUCUCGAGAUGACGUCAUCAGGUGCCACACUAGGCCACUUGCCCAGACUCUCUUUGGAACACUUGGCGAAUCUGAGAUGAUCCUGGUUCUGGAUGGAACAUAUAUUUUCAUACAGAAAAGCAAAAACUUUCACUUUCAAAGACGAUCGUAUAGUAUUCAUAAAGGGCGGCCAUUAGUUAAAGCUAUGGUAGUAGUUACAACCAAGGGAUACUACGUAACUGUUGUUGGGCCAUACUUGUCAGACAGUAAAAACAGCGAUGCUGCUAUUUUAACGCACAUGCUAAAAAAUAAUGUACAGGAUAUCAAGAACUGGGUACACGAAAACGAUAUAUUCGUCGUAGACAGGGGCUUUAGGGACGCCGUGGGAAUUUUGGAUGAGAUGGGCAUCAAAGCUGAAAUUCCGUGCUUUGCUAAAAAGGGUAGCAAGCAACUGUCCACAGAAGAAGCAAACUCAAGUCGACUUGUGACCAAGGUGAGGUGGGUGGUGGAAUCAGCAAACGCCCGAAUUAAAAGAUGGAGAUAUCUUGACCAUGUUUUACCUACAAAUCAGGUGCCGUUUGUGGGAGACUACAUUAGAAUAAUAUGUGCAAUUUCUAAUAAAUAUUUCCCUCCAUUAUCUACAGCUCAAGAGGACGACAUGGCGGUUGCUGCGAAGAUGAAGUAUCUUCAGCAUUGGGGUGAAUUUACUGAAGGAAAGGGUAGAAAACGAGAAGCUUGACAAAAGGACUGUUAUUUGGAGAGAAGUGCAAUUACUGGAUUUAGGCUUUCCCAGGCUAUCAGAAGAACGAUUAAGAGAGUUAACCUGUGGAAUUUACCAGCUGAAUCUUGCCUCCAGUUACAUUCAAGAACAUUUGGAUGGUAAUAGCGAUGUCUAUGUUCACCAAGAAGACCCUCAUCUCAUUAGGGUGAAAAUUCAGAGCAGACACACCUCGGCAAAGAAACAUCUCCUAUGGAUAUCAUACAAUGAAACAGAAGUCACGGCCUGGUAUUGUAAAUGCAAGACAGGGGCGAGGGUUGUUGGGGUUUGUGCCCACAUCGCCGCCAUAAUCUGGUUUCUGGGGUAUGGGAGAUACAGCCAUGGUGACGUGGGUGUAAGGAAUUGGGCAGAAUAUGUUGAGGAUGCUGCUAACAUUCCACAGGAAAUAGAUGAUUCAUCGGACAGUGAUAGUAGUGUUGUUGAGGAAUGAGUUUCAGAGUUGAUUGUCAUGUUCAUAUUUAAGGUGUUAUCGCUUUAAAAUGGAAUUCCUCUCAUUCUUGGAAAGUGAAUAAAGCAUGAACCAUAUUCUUUAGAAACUGUCAAAAGAGAAAUUGCUCAUUAAAUAUAUGAUCAUCCUGAUUUCUGAUACUAUAUUCAUGUUUAAGAAUUAAAUUUUCAUUUUAGAUAACUUUUCUAUACAUGUAAUAGCAACCGUCUGUGACAAAAAAGGUUAGUGUGCAUAAGCGCGGUGUAUCCAGUAUGACAAUUUAUCGGCACUGACAAAUGUUUCAAAAGGUUGACUUCAGUUAUAUAUACAGUUAUGAAAAGCAUAUGUUCUCUGCUAUUUGUGGUGAAAAUUUCAUUGAAAUCUUGGCUGGUGCCGUAUUUGGACCUUCGUGGCUCUUGUUCUUUGCUAUUGGGACUGUGAAUAUACGUCGGGAUAAGUGGGGUAGUCAACAUUACCGAUGUCGAUGUAUCACAGUUUUUGCAAAUCAUUCAUAUAGUAAAUAAUGCCAGGACCGCAGACGGACGUCGAUAUAUCCCAGGUUGUCAACAUAUCCGAUGUCGAGAUACCGAAGUUUACCCUGUACUUUUAUUAGUGGAAAAGUUGUGGAUAUAAAUAAAAUUUUAUGUGUCAUCAAAUGUUUUAUAUACAAUCUUUUUUACAUUGUUUUUGACAUAUUUAGAUU